AUGGGUGAUUUGCCAUCACAAAGGAUCUCGCAAAGUCGUCCCUUUUCGAAUACUGGGUGCGAUUAUGCAGGGCCAUUCAACAUAAAAUUGUCCAAAGGUCGUAAUCCAAAGACGUCAAAAGCAUACAUAUGCCUAUUUGUGUGUAUGGCCACUAAAGCCAUCCACCUCGAGCUAGUGAGUGACCUUACUUCCGAAGCGUUUCUUGCCGCAUUUCGUCGAUUUGUGUCUCGUCGUGGAUUAUGUUCGAACGUUUACUCGGACAAUGGAACCAACUUCCAAGGCGCACGUCGGUGUCUCAACGAGAUGCAUAAGUUGGUGUUAUCAGAAGCGUAUAACGAAGAGGUUGCAACGUCACUUGCUAAGGACAGCAUCGCAUGGCACUUCAUCCCCCCAUCGUCACCACACUUUGGCGGUCUUUGGGAGGCAGGUGUCAAGUCGGUCAAAUUUCACCUUCGACGAGUAGUCGGAGCAACGAUUCUUACAUUUGAAGAAAUGUACACCGUUCUCACUCAGAUCGAAGCUGUUCUGAAUUCUCGUCCUCUUUGUGUUAUAUCCGAUCAAGAUUUAAACCCUCUAACCCCCGCUCAUUUUAUUAUAGGUGAACCGUUUACUGCUGUCCCGGAGCCUACCACUUUAAACACGCCACUAAAUCGACUCACACAUUGGAAUCACCUACAAAAUAUGGUUCAAGGUUUUUGGAAACGGUGGCACAUGGAGUAUAUCACCACACUUCAAGAACGGCCAAAGUGGAAGCAGCAGAGUCCAAACCUAAAACCAGGGGACCUUGUUAUAAUAAAGGAACCAAAUCUUCCCCCAACAAAGUGGCUACUUGGCAAAAUCACAGCAACAACUCAAGGUACAGAUGGUCGAGUACGAGUUGCAACUGUAAAAACGAGUGGUGGAACCUUUGUUCGUGCAAUCACCAAGCUGGCAGUUGUACCCAUGUCCUGA